AUGCGCUGGGAGGCCUUCACUUCCCCAGCUCAAGGUCCUGCGGGGGCUCAGGCCCUUGAUCUCAGGAAGCAGGCUAGACAGCUGGAGAAUGAGCUUGAUCUGAAGUUGGUCUCCUUCAGCAAACUGUGCACGAGCUACAGUCACAGCAGCGCCCGAGAGGGAAGACGCGACAGUUCUGAUACAACUCCUCUCUUAAAUGGGUCGAGCCAAGACAGAAUGUUUGAAACCAUGGCGGUGGAGAUUGAACAACUUCUGGGAAGGCUUACUGGAAUAAAUGACAAAAUGGCGGAGUACACCAACAGCGCGGGAGUCCCAUCCCUGAAUGCAGCACUGAUGCACACGUUACAGCGUCAUAGAGACAUAUUGCAGGAUUACACACAUGAAUUCCAUAAAACCAAAACCAACUUUCUGGCAGUACGGGAAAGGGAAAAUCUCCUGGGAUCAGUACGGAAAGAUAUUGAAUCGUAUAAAAGUGGGUCCGGUGUGAACAAUAGAAGAACAGAGCUGUUCCUGAAAGAACAUGAGCACCUUCGAAACUCGGAUCGUCUGAUAGAAGAAACAAUAAGCAUUGCCAUGGCAACAAAAGAAAAUAUGACUUCGCAGAGAGGGAUAUUGAAGUCAAUACAAAGCAAAAUGAAUACCUUGGCCAAUCGGUUUCCCGCAGUGAACAAUCUGAUUCAAAGGAUCAACCUACGGAAGCGACGGGACUCUCUCAUCCUGGGUGGCGUUAUUGGCAUCUGUACCAUCUUAUUGUUGCUAUACGCUUUCCAUUGACGGACAUUCUCCAUAGACUCUGAUAACCUUAUCUGCUCCCAACCCAUCAAGGAGAAGUGGGUGGGGGAAGUCAGUAGACCUGAUAAACAGCCUGCACAUGAUGGCUGGAAUAUCAGCAUGAUGUCUAAGGUUUAUGGUGGCAGACUUUACAACACUGGUUUUGAGCUGAAGCUGCAGUAUUUCUCCUCCCCUGCCAAAACUAUUUCUUUUUCUUUGGUCAAAUUUUGCUUGAAUAUUUUUUUAAAUCCCCUGUCUCACUACAAGGUAAGUAAUAUACAACAUUUAUGAGACUCAGUAGAGAAUCUUCCCUACUGGAUGAUGGUAAUGAAAUCUGUCAUUGCCUGUUAAGUGAAACAAUUGUUAAGCUUCUCUUAGGUGGAAUUUCUUCAGGAAGCCAGUUUCCCCUGAAGGUCAAGUACAGGACUAGAUAUUUUUGCCCUAUAAUAAGGAUAUUGCAGCUUUAAGCCAUCAGGUUGGUUUGUUACUGAUUACAACCUCUAAGUUUUUUACUCAUGAUUGAGCUAUUGCGAGUCAUUUCUACUUAACUUGUGCUGUGAAAACUGUGCUCCUUCCCACAAAUUCCUGAGACAGAUAAGGAUUGUUGAAUUCACUUUUUGCACAGAAGAUGUCUGAACUGCUAUCUGAGGAGCACUUACAAGGGUUUUUGUGGCUUUAAGGGGACUCCAGGAAAUAUUUGCAGUCCUGCUUUGGAAAAAGGGAGCAUAGUAUCCUCUCAGUUUUACCGUAGUAUUAAGUCAUUUAAAGUGACCAAACACGCUUUCACCUGAAAGUAAUCUUUUGGGUGUCAAUAUUUUGGUUUUGGCUGAUAUCACAAAAGGCUUCAUAAAGACAUAAUAGUUUCAAAAGUCUAUUUUAAUUUAGAUGAAAGGUAUUCUAAUAGCAUUCAUAUUUUUACACUGUAAGUAGGAUGGAGUCUAACCUGUACAUUGGAAAGGGAAAAUACAUCGGUUAUGCCUGAUGGCCAAUGUAUCUGUGUGCAAAAUUGUUAAAUACAUAACUCCUCAUAGUAAAGAGUUAAAUGAAUGAGUGGCUGAAUAUGCAAUUACGUUUCUUCUCUAGUAUCUGCAAAACACAUGUACAUAGAUAUUUUUUUCAAUUGUUCAUUGUCCAAACACAGCAGAGAUUUUAGAUUGUUAGCAAAACCUGUUGGGUUUGUCUCUGCAGAUGAGUAUCUGUUAAGAAAUCUAAUGUCAGGAAUGUCUUUGAUAUAGCAAAUCUACAAAUUACAGGUUCUCUCCCCUUUCCAGUUGUUCUAUGCCAUCUUCGCCUGUCUUAUAACCAUAACUAGCAAAACUCUGAGGCACUGGCCUUUUUUUGAAGAACUUGAUUAACUAUUUGCACAACUGACUUACAACACUCCCAAAUUUAAUGUGUCUUCCCAUUAAUAGUUGCCAGAGGCGGUCCGGAGACCUUCCCUUGUCUCCAGGUCCUCCUCUGUGCUAGAAGAAGACAGGCCACCCACAACAGUUAUAAUUCAUUUUAUUACUGCUUUUAUAGUGUAUGUGCAGUACCCUGUUGGAGGGAGUAAAGAAUUGUGCCUGUGUAGUGUGUGUAUGAAACCACACAGUUGUAUAAACUGUAUUGUUCAUUUGGACUUGAAAAAGGCUUAUGUGCAGAAUACCCUCUUUGUGCCAAACAGGCUGCAAAGACUCGUUUUGUCGGUUAUUUUUGGGAUUAGAAGGCACUUGCAAUUAAUGCUAGUAAAAUUGAGGUUUGUCUUUUUAAAUAAGGGAUGGUCGUUUGGUUGAUUGGGGAAUAUCCCUGGUUUUGAAAUGAAGUGCUCAUUAGAAUUUUUCUUGAUAAAGACUGAAGGAUAAAGGAAAUUUAUUAAUGAAUCUCUAUAUAUCAAAACUCUUCUCCCCUGAUACUUUAUUUUCUUUGAUUUUUCAAAGGGCCCUGACUGGCAGUUAUGCUCCAUUAGGGUUUAUAGGAUUUGGUUGCUAUGUAGUUGGCAAUUAUAAGACCUGCAAAUCGUAAAUAAAUUCAUUUAUUUAAUCUGAUGACCAGUCUUUUUAAUGAGCUUAAUUGAUUUGGUGCAUUAUUUAAUCUUACCGUGUAUUUAAAAAAAGCUAUGGAAAAUGUGCAGAUUGUAGCAAAUAUCAAUCAAUUUGUUAGGACUGUGGAGGAGCUGAUAUGUUAUAGGGCAUAAAGGAGUAGAAAUAUGAUGAAUUCCCUUUGAAAAUGUGGGGUUAAUAUUGGAGGUGGCAUUUCAGUGGUUGGCAACUGCUCAGUGACUUUGAUUUGGUGCUGGUGCUGAGAGGGUUUUGUAUCAAAUAUAUUUAAUUAUCCUAGCAGAAUUGCCCUUUCGUGAGCUACUGUCAGCCAUGUACCUGACACAAGCAUCCAGCAUCUCUCUAAAAUGGAUAGAAUGGCUGGCCUGGGGGAGAGACUUGCUAAAUGCCAUGAGUCUCUUUCUAGCAUGGCUCUAUAAUUAGGGACAAUGGACCUUAAAAUAAGGGACAGAAAACAGUGGGCUGAUUUAAGAUUUAAUCCGGAGUCUCUGACCCACUGCUCCUCUCUUUGCAGCUUGUUCACCUGCCUCCUAUUGCAAAAUGUAUUUCCAUAUUUUUUCAUUGUGUCCAGCACUUCUCUGCCUUUCUGGUUCUCAAGGCCAGUUAGAGGCGCCUGUCUUGGAGGUGGGGCCCCUCAGUAGUCCCAUCAGUGACACUGGAAGUGUUGCCUUCCUGUUUAUCCACCAGCAGGAGCUGUAGGGAGAAGUUGUGGCCAAAGCACAAAAACAAGCUAAGAUCACUUUCAAGAUGCUUCUCAGUCUCCAUCGCCUCUCAGAGGGGAAACACAUUGACCUGCGGGGGCUCUACUAUCACUUCUUUCCAUGUGCUGUUUGUCAGUGACCAGCCACCCGUUGUAAAGCUGUCUGGUAAGCCAUCAGCUCUCCUCGAAUUCCAGAAAGAGCUCUUCUGCCCUCUUUUACCCAGCCCCAAAUAAACACAGGAACAUUUCUUCCUCUUCAGUCUCCUGGCCCACUUUCUGGCUAAAAGUUGCAGCAUGAUUUUUCAGACUCCAGCCACCCGAGCAGCAAUCCUGGUAAAAUCCAGUGCUGCCUGAAAAUCCUGCCCGUAAGUAGGAUGCACAGCAAUGAAUUCCCUGAAAAUGUUAUAGGCGUUUUUAUGCCAAAUGAGUGUUGCCUGAUGAUGCUGUGCUUGGCAGCCUCGGUACCAGACUGCUGUUCCUGCAAUACUAUUGAUCAUUAUUCUGUAUCCUUCACUAGAGAGAGAGAGUGCAAAGUAAGGAUGCACAAAGGGUUUUAUUUUACUCCCUCAGCCUGUCUCUGGGACCAGUAGAAUGUUCACCAGAUCCCUCUUCAUUAAUAAGACAGGACGGUGCUUCUGAGUCUGCCUGCUGCUGAGAGGUUGUAAUGGAAAACACGGCACUUUCAUUCUUCAAUUAAUCCCUGGCAAAUUUAGGAACUUCUGGGCAUAGAGUUCUGAAUUCAGUUAGGAAUUCGCACCGCCCCAUUAGAUAACCAAGCAAUGCUUUUCUUCAGCUCCGUGCAAAAGUCCUCUUUUGAAGGGCCCAACAAAAUCAGAAUGUGCAGAACAUAAAGUUCUUCACUGGGUGUUGAAAAUAAAAAGGCAAAAGUAGAUCUGUAGGCAGCGUGUAGGUGUGAGACAUGCAUUGAUAGUUCAACUGCCAGGGCUUUAUUCCUCAAGGAACCCUGAGAAUUGCUGCACAGGGGGUAACGGCUGGCCUAGCACUUUUGGCUAUGUAGCUAAUUUAGCCAACACAGUUAAACUACUAAAGUAACUAAAAGUUGCUUCCCAAGCACCCUUGAUGCACAACAGGAUUUUUUUUCCUAUUGUUUCCAGCUAACAUUCAGGGCAGGGAAGGAGGACACAGGCUUUGUUACAAAGGGUUUCAGAAUGAUUUCCUCCUUUAGAAAGUGACAAAGUUGGUGUUACGAAACUCUGCAGGGAAGGGAGCCUAUGUAACAAUGUGCAGAAUACAUUGAAAGACAACUUCCGACAAAGCUGAGCCAUGGAGACAUCUGCUCCUUGUGCCCUGUCUCUCGUCUCAUGACUGGACAUUUGCCUGCAGUGUGAAGCUUUCAGCUUUGAAUGAGUAAGCUGUUGGUCUGCCCACCAUUCAGAGAGCGGGAAGCCGUUCCAGUCACACUCUGUCAAGACUAAUGGUUAUUCUUUCUCAUGGAAAAUACCACCCCAGCCCCAUGUAUGUUCUUUUCCAAUUGCACUUUCUAAUUCGUUUGCUUUUCAAAUGGCUUCUUGAAACCUAACUAUUUUAUUGUAUCUGUAAUUAUUUUUGUUCUCACCUAAUGUGCAUUUUCUGUCUGUAUA